AUGCUCACAUAUGGGACGAGGGCCUGCGGAGAAAGGAGGGUGGCGGUGAGGGGUGGGGCGGAACUGGAGGUGCGACCCGCAGGGGAGCCGGGGUGGCGCCUCGCGCUCUCCCUUCCUCCCUCCCACCGCGAGGGGCAAGGGCGACGGCCCCCGGCGCGAGUCACGCGCCCCUCGUGCCCAAUCACCGGCCUCUGCCAGGAUGAGGCGGGCAGGCGGGGGCGCUCCGGGAGCCACCGCCGGCGCCGCCCCCACCGUCGUCCUCUGCCCCGCCCGCCUGCGGCAGAGCCGGGACCCUCCCCAGUCCCGCUCACCUGCCAGGGCCGCCGUCGCCGCCGCCACCGCGGGUUAAACCGCAGCCGCGCCCACACUUCCGGGGUCCGCCAGGCCCGCCCCCUACCGGAUGUGACCCCCUUGCAACGUCCGGCGCCCCAGUGGCGCGCGUGCUCGACCCACGACGCCGUUGGGCGCCCCGCCUUGCGCGCCUCUGAGUUACCACGACAUCGUGCCACACACACACGCUCGCGGCCUCCCGGGCCACAACCACGGGAGCGCCCACGAGACCCCUCCCGCGCGCGCCGCACGCCCUGGCCCCGCCUCCGCUGCUCAGCCCUGGACCUUGUCAUACUGGUUGAAUGGACAGACAAGUGACGUAAACAAGGAAGACAAGACAAGGAAGUUAAGAGUUCA